AUGAUGAACAAAGGUGUUCUUGGUUCGAUUCUGUUCUUCAUGUUGAUCGGUUCGGUUCUUGUUGAGGCUCGUCCACUUGGUCUAACCAAGACCGAAGAGAAGAAGCUCGUGGCUGAUUUAUUCGAUGGCUUAUCACUUGGUUCGAUCAAAGACUCAGGUCCUAGUCCAGGCGUUGGUCAUAAAUUCGUAGACCGAAGUGAUACGCUACGAGUUGAUAAGCAGUCCGGUCCAAGCCCAAGCGGUCCCGGUCACUAA